CACCGAAGCAGGGCGCUUUUGUUUUUCCUGCGAAAAAAUGUCGGAAAAGGUCUGAUCAAAACAACGCCACUACAACAAGCGAUCCCGGUCUCCUCAAAGCAGGGCUUCCUAUUAUGACCGCAUAUUUUUGGACUUUUGGAUACCAUGCAGGCGUGACUUGUGGUGCAGUGAUCUUUUGAAACUGUUGGCCAGGUUUCUCGCUCCGACGCUGCAAGGCGGAAGGGAAUUUCGCAGGAAAGGGUAAACUUGGAAGGAUGCGUCUUACGAUCUGGAAAAAGCACCGCGGAUUGGAAACGGCGCUGCUGCAGUCCGGAUUUACCUCAAACGCGGGACCUUAACGACACAUAUCCACGUUUGCGAAGUGAAAAAGGUGUCGCUGGCAACAUAUAUGUCAUAAUUGUCACAAAGUAUCGCCAGUGUUGAGACUGAAAAUGGCGGCCGGGCGGGCCACCCCCCCGGCGCUGCUCCUGCUGGUGCUGAGCGUCGCGGGGCUGGACUCCUGCCCGGCCCCCUGCUCCUGCUCCGGAGAAGCGAGCCCCGCUCCCCUCCUGGACUGCAGCAGAAAGAGGCUGUCAGCCGCUCCGAUCGACCCGCCUGCCUGGAUCACUCACCUUAAUAUGAACUACAAUGAAGUGACCUCAGUUCCUUUCCUGGGAGAUGUGACCUUUAACAUCACGACUCUGUCUCUGGUUCAUAACCGCAUUUCAGAGCUGCUCCCUCAGCAGCUGCAGCCCUACGUGUCCCUGGAGUCCCUGGAUCUCAGCUCCAACUCCAUCUCAGAGCUGAAGGCCGGCUCCCUCCCACCCAUGCAGCUGAAAUACCUGAAUUUAAGCAACAACAAGAUCAGCAGCCUGGAGCCGGGCUGCUUCGACAACGUCUCCAACUCCCUGCUGGUGCUGAGGCUGAACCGGAACAGGCUCUCCUUCCUGCCUUACAAAGUGUUCAAGCUCGCUCAGCUGCAGUUCCUGGAACUGAAGCGCAACAAGAUUAAGGUGGUGGACAGCCUGACCUUCAAAGGGCUGGACUCGCUCCGGUCCCUGAAGAUGCAGCGGAACGGCAUCACCAAGCUGAUGGACGGAGCCUUCUUCGGCCUCAACAGCAUGGAGGAGCUCGAGCUGGAGCAUAAUAACCUGACGGAGGUGAAUAAGGGCUGGCUGUACGGGCUGCGCUCCCUGCGGACGCUGAGGGUCAGUCACAACGCCAUCGCCUCCAUACGCCCCGACGCCUGGGAGUUCUGCCAGAGGCUGGAGGAGCUAGAUCUGUCCCAGAACCAGCUGACCCGGCUGGAGGAGACGGCCUUCGCUGGCCUGGGCCAGCUGGAGACCCUGAACCUGGGAGAGAACUCCGUCAGCCACCUGGGGGAGGGUGUGUUCGGCGGCCUGGCCAACCUGCGCACGCUAGACAUACGGAAUAACGAGAUCUCCUGGGCCAUUGAGGACUCGGUGGGUGUGUUUGAGGGCAUGAAGAAGCUGAGCUCACUGGUGCUGCAGAGAAACAGGAUCAAAUCCAUCACCAAGAAGGCCUUCGAAGGGCUGGAGGCGCUGGAGCUGCUGGACCUGAGUAAGAACGGCAUCAUGUCCAUCCACCCUGAGGCCUUCUCCCACCUGCAGCUCAAAGAGCUCUUGCUGAACACCAGCAGCCUGCUGUGUGACUGUCAGCUGCAGUGGCUGGGGCAGUGGCUGAUGGACAGGGGCUUCCAGCGGUCGGCCGUCGCUGUUUGCGCCCAUCCCGCCAGCCUGCUGGGCCGCAGUGUCCUGACCGUGCCCUCCGAGGAGUUCGUGUGCGAUGACUUCCCGAAGCCGCGGAUCACGGAGCACCCUGAGACGCGAGUGGCCCUGCGGGGUUCCAACAUCACGCUCACCUGCCGAGCUUCCAGCAGCAGCGACUCGCCCAUGAGCACCGCCUGGCGCAAAGACGGCGAGCUGCUGUACGACGCCGAGGUGCAGAACUUCGCCCGCUACCAGCAGGGGGAGCUGGUGUACACCACCCUGCUGCACCUGCUCAGCGUCAACUUCACUGACGAGGGCCGCUAUCAGUGCGUGGUCACCAACCACUUCGGCUCCAACUACUCCAACCGUGUCAAACUCACCGUCAACGAGCUGCCCUCCUUCCUGAAGACGCCCAUGGACCUGACAAUCCGCACAGGCACCAUGGCCCGGCUGGAGUGUGCGGCGGAGGGCCACCCAUCCCCGCAGAUCGCCUGGCAGAAGGACGGGGGCACGGACUUCCCCGCCGCCCGCGAGCGCCGCAUGCACGUCAUGCCCGACGACGACAUCUUCUUCAUCGCCAACGUCAAGACGGAGGACAUGGGCGUGUACAGCUGCACCGCACAGAACGCUGCUGGCAGCCUGUCGGCCAACGCCACGCUCACUGUGCUGGAAACUCCCUCAUUUGUGCGGCCCCUGGAGGACCGGACGGUGGCGCGGGGGGAGACGGCGGUGCUGCAGUGCAUAGCGGGGGGCAGCCCGGCACCCCGCCUAAACUGGACCAAGGACGAUGGGCCACUGGUGCUGACGGAGCGCCACUUCUUCGCCGCCGCCAACCAGCUGCUGAUCAUCGUGGACGCAGGGCCGGCUGACGCGGGGAAGUACACCUGCAUCAUGUCCAACACGCUGGGCACGGAGCGGGGGCACAUCUACCUCAACCUGGCGCCCCCGCCCAACUGUGACGCCCCCGGCGCCUACGAGGACGACGGCUGGACCACCGUGGGCAUCGUCAUCAUAGUGGUGGUCUGCUGCGUGGUCGGCACCUCGCUCGUCUGGGUCAUUGUCAUCUACCACAUGAGGAGGCGGAGCGAGGACUACAGCGUCACUCACACAGAUGAGAUGAACCUGCCGGCGGACAUCCCCAGCUACCUGUCCUCGCAGGGCACGCUGUCCGAGCCGCAGGAGGGCUACAGCAGCUCAGAGGCCGGCAGCCAUCAGCAGCUCAUGCCUCCGCUCCCCAACGGCUACGCCCACAAGGGCACGGACGGUGUGUGCUACGGGGACGGGGGCGGAGGGGAGGGGGACACAGAGGGGACUGGGGUUCUGCACACCCGUGUGGGGUCACUGUUCGCCGGGCGGAGCAGCUUCCACCCCGGCGACCCGCGUGAGGGCAUGGCAGGAGCACCCCCAGGUGGCCCCGCCCCUCUGGUCAUCUGCUCAGAUUGCUAUGACAAUGCCAACAUCUACUCCCGCACCCGCGAGUACUGCCCCUACGCCUACCUGGCCGAGGACGACCUGCUGGACAAGAGCCUGCCAGGCAUUGUGGGGCACCUGCCCAAGGAGCCGUACCCCGGCCACGCCCAGCGAGAGGACCCAGUGUUAGAGAGUCUGAUCAGCAGCCAGGACUCCCAUGGCCCACCAACGCGCUGCGGCAGCGAUGCACCUCCCCAGCCGUUUUGGGGGGACAGAGAGGACCCCUCGUCACUGGGGCGCCGCGCAGGCCUGGCGCAGCUGGCAGUGACUGUUCACGAGGCGCCCCGAAUGGGGGGCAGGGUCAGAGGGGAAGAGGCGGGCAAUCCAGAAGGCAACGCCCCUGCUGGCCCCAGCACACAGGAGCACAGCAGCGCCUCCUACAGGACUAACUCCUCCCAGAAGCAGGGCGCCCCUACAUAGAGCCCCUCCCCACCUCCACAGCCUGCCCCCAGACUGUGCCCCUCUGUGUGUGUGUCUCCUGGAAUACCCACUACCUCCACACAGAGAGACACCUCACCAUCUGCCAAAUACAAGCCUGUUCUGUGUUUACAUUCCUGCAGGGUCCUGUCCACUUCGGCUUUCGUUCCUUUAAAGAGAAAACACUUUGUUGUGCUAGGGAGAGAAAACAACUGGACCCCAAAAACCAGCCGGCGCCCCGGUCUCCGCAGCGCCCGUGGGUGGGGUGCGGCCGUGGACUCGGGGGGCGUGGCUAUGAAUGUAUCUUUUGAAGAGCUGUGUCGGGCAGGUCCUCCGAGCAGGGGACACCUCUCUGCUCUGAAAGCGGGCGGGAGACGUUUCGGGGUGCGGUCUGUUCCCCUGCUCUGAGAGGGCCGACUGGGACAGCAACUCUGACCUUCUGCUACAGGUACUGGGAGGGGACUCCCCCUGUGGGCCUCCGAGCACCCCCAACCCGCCGAAAAACCCCAGAGAAACCGUAAAGGCCUGCCGUUUGCUGCUGAUGCUGUGCGUGUGCGCGUGUGCGUGUGCGCGUGUGUGCAUGCCUGCUUGCAUGCGUGUAUGUGUGCACGCACGUGUGUGUGUGUGUGUGGGGGGGUGGUGUGUCCGUCCUUCCAGCCACCAAGCAUUCCAUUCUUAAUUUCUCGCUCGUUGCCCAUCGGACAGUUCUCUCCCCCAUCCAGCCACGCCCUAAUGCCAAUCUCACUGCGGUGUGCACGUCUGUGUAAAACUUCAUUCUUUCACUUUGCCUCCAAAUACACUAAAGCUCAUUUUUUAGUCUUGUGUACAUAUGUGUUUAUAUACUCACACACGUAUAUUGCUGUCAGGCUAAAGAAAUCUCAUAUUGCACAUACGACAAUCAUGGCUGUGCUGACCAUUGAUGAUGAAUAGUCUUAAAAGAGCUGCGUGUGUGAGUGUGUGUGAGAGAGUGUGUGUGUGCGUGCGUGUGUGUG